AAUUCCGACCCAGAUAGUAUUGUCAAAUUAGCCCACAACGUCUUCAAUAUGUCGAACACCAAGUACAGAAAACCUGUUGUCCUCUCACGGUGUACUUUAGACACUAAAGAAGCCAAAUGGAAGCGCCUAGUUAAAACGACCUAUCGCGACCCCAAUGGCAUCCAGAGGACCUGGGAGUCCGCCGAAAUGCAGACUCGCCCGGCCGAUAGUGACUUCGACGGAGUCAGUAUGGUGGCUACGCUGGAUAGGUCUACCGGUCCGGAGCUGAUUCUCCUGAAACAAUACCGACCUUCUCUGGACAAGGUGGUUGUCGAGAUCCCAGGCGGUCUAAUCGACCCUGGAGAGACCGCGGAGCAAUGCGCGGUGCGAGAGCUCAAAGAGGAAACGGGGUAUGUCGGGGUGGUAGAGAGAAUCAGCCAAACAUUGUAUAACUCUCCCGGAAUGGGUAACAAUAACUUUAAGCUCGCGUAUGUGAAUGUGGAUCUGUCUUUGCCCGAGAAUCAGAAUCCCAGCCCGGAGCUGGAGGAAGAGGAGUUUAUCGAGGUCUUUACGCUACCGAUGAAAUCACUCUUUGCGGACUUGAAGAAGCUCGAGAAAGAGGGGUACGCCAUUGAGACUCGGGUUGUUGCUCUCGCCGAGGGGUUUGAGCUGGCGAGGAAAUGGAAUUUGUGAUGAUUCGGCGGGAAUGGGCUUAGGAUAUAGAAACUCCGCCUUCCUGGCAGUCGGAAUGGCAUUGGCUGGGGUCAGUUCGCUAAGCAAUGUGUACAUGAAUACAAUAUAUAUUACGUAUCAAUAUCAUCGUGUCAGAUCUAAA